ACCCCUGAACCGCGAGGGCGCGCCCGAGCCGCCAUGGCGGCCGGGCCCGGAGAUCCUGAAUCCGGGCCAGCAGCGGGCGCCCGCUUCUUCUGCACCGCGGGCCGCGGCUUGGAGCCCUUCCUGAUGCGGGAGGUGCGGGUGCGGCUGCAGGCCACGCAGGUUGAAUACGUCUCAGGAAAAGUGUUUUUUACCACCUGCUCUGACUUGAAUAUGCUGAAAAAAUUAAAAUCCGCAGAAAGAUUGUUUUUAUUGAUUAAAAAGCAGUUUCCAUUUAAUGUUUCUUCUGUAAAUAAAGGAAAAAUACAUAAUGAAAUGCAACAACUUAUAAACAGUGAUCCUCAAAGUUGGCUGAAUGCCAUUUCAAUUUGGAACAAUCUUCUGAAACUAGAUGCAAAAAAGGAAAAACUUUCUCAAAGAGAUGCUGACCCACCAAAAAGAAAAAUGAGAGAAAAUGACACUAUGAUCACUAAGAAAUUAAAAACAGAACAAAUGCAACAGAUACAAGAGAAUAGGGAAUGUCAGGUGGAAGAACAAAUAGAAGAGGAAACACUGGAGCAAGGAGACCUUCUCACUAAAAGAGAAAAAUUUCAAGAAGAAGAACUUCAGAAUGAAGUGGCAAAAGCAGUUGACACUCAUAACCAGAAUGACUUGACUUUUAGAGUUUCUUGUCGCUGCAGUGGAGCCAUUGCAAAGGCCUUUUCUGCACAGGAGGUAGGAAGAAUAAUUGGAAUUGCUCUUAGGAAACAAUUUGGAUGGAAAGCAGAUUUGAGGGAUCCGAAGAUAGAGAUCUUUAUACAUCUAAAUGACAUUUAUUCUGUCAUGGGAAUUCCCGUGUUCAGGGUCCCUUUAGCCAGCAGAGCUUACAUCAAGACGGCAGGACUGAGAUCUACCAUAGCAUGGGCAAUGGCCUCUGUCGCUGAGAUUAAGGCUGGUACAUUUGUUUUAGAUCCAAUGUGUGGACUCGGAACAAUACUUUUGGAAGCUGCAAAAGAAUGGCCGGAUGUGUACUAUGUGGGUGCUGAUGUCAGCGACUCACAGUUACAAGGCGCGUGUGACAAUCUGAAAGCUGCAGGCCUUGUGGAUAAAAUUGAGUUACUUCAAGUCUCUGUUAUAGAAUUGCCAUUGCCUUCAGAAAGUGUUGAUAUUAUUAUUUCUGACAUUCCAUUUGGGAAAAAGUUUAAGUUAGGAAAAGACAUCAAAAGCAUUCUCCAAGAAAUGGAAAGAGUGCUUCGUGUUGAUGGAACCGUUGUCUUAUUGCUUAGUGAAGAUCACUGUAGGCACCUCAAAGGUUGUGAAGAGAGCAGCAUCCCUUUGAAUUCCAAAGGCAGCCACACAGAUGAACCUGGAGCUGAAAAGUAUUUGAUUCGUGAAGAAAAAACAGGCAUAUCAGAGACAGUGUCACCUUCACUGGAAGCCAGUAACCAAGAAUGCUUACCCAAAAUGCCACCAUUUGGCUCUUUGGUGCCCUUGGAAUGCUACAAAGUAAGCCUUGGGAAAACAGAUGCAUUUAUAUACAAAUAUAAGAAGUCAUGCUCUUCCAGAUAUAGCAGGCUAGAUACCGUGAGCCAUGUUCAAGUCCUUGAAUGUCAGCCCUCCAGCAGCAGCGGUUGUCUCUAGGAUCUUGAUAGUGCCACCGAGUUUCAAGCAGACAAAUGCCCCCGAACACAGGAGGCGUGGCUGCUGGACGCAGGUUUUAGUAUGUGUUUCUGCUUUAGUCUCUGAAGGGCUUCAUGUUUCUGACAAAGAACAACUAAUAAAUAUUAAACUAAAGUGCUCCUGAACUUAGUAUUCUGUGAGAAUGGGAAAAGCUCUGCCCCGCCUGCAGGGUUUAUGAGCAUCAACAAAACAAAAAUUUUCAGAGGUUCAUGAAGUGUAUCAAAAUUGUCACAGGUUGGUAAUAGAAUAACUAUCAGAUUUUUUUGAAUAUAGAAACUUUUAUGGUUUCUACUAAGUUGGUUUCUAUAUUCAAAAUACUGUACAUAAAAUUAUACGUUCAGAAAAUCAGGUUUAAUAUGAAAAGUUAACUCCUUUUAUAUGUUAUAUGUCUUGAAUUGUGUGAAACAUCAGUGGGAAUGAUAACAGUAUGAAUUAAGCCAGUAUCCUCCAAUAUGGUAGAAAAUAGUUUUUUCUCAAAGCAUUAAUAAAUUGUCACCUCAUUCUUAUUUAAAUUAAAUGCAUCCCUUGUGUGCACUGCAUGAAACAGAAAA